AUGUACUCGAAACAGAUUCUCCAGCAACUGCUCGCUGCAGUUGCCAUCGUCUCCGUGGCUCAGUCAACAUGGUUAGAUUUUACCAAGAUUGAUGUCAAGGCCCUCGCUGCACGCCAGGUCAGCGACCUGGUCGGAGGAACCUCAGCUACUGAAAGUUCAACCCAAAGCACAUCUACUACGGAAUCUACGCCUAGCUCAACGAGCACUCCAUCCAGCUCGCCAACAUCUACGCCAUCCUCCACUACUCCCACCACUUCGUCUACUAGUAGUUCUUCUAGCACCCCGUCAUCUACUCCAGCUAGUGCCACGCCAUCCGCUACCCCCGAGGCAACCUCGUCUUCAGCUACUCCAACCUCCAGCUUUAUCCCGGCACAAACCACGAGUUCCAGCAGCAGCAGCACACGGACUUCGAGCACACCCACCCCUGUUGUUCAAACGAGUGUCCAAGUAUGGACCACGACCAAUACUAACGGAUCCAAGACAGUUGUUUCGUCAACGACAAGGACGACCUCUACCCCGGGUCUCACUUCUGGAGAUGGCGAGACCACUGGCAUGUCCACGAAGACCCGAAAUACUGUCAUCGGCGUCGUUGUUGGGGUUGGUGGUGCUAUCGUUUUAGGUGCUCUUGGAUUGGUAGCCUGGCGUAUCUGGGGACGCAAGAAGCACAGCGAGGAGAAUGACGGCCUCAUGGCCUAUGACAUGUCUGCUACUGGAGGCAUGGAGAAGUCUGAGCGAGGCAGUAGUGCUGGCGGUGCUCAUACCCAGCGCAGCCCCUUCCAGUCUACUCUGGAAAACUACCAUCAGCCUGGUCAGGUUAACCCAUCGUCCAACUUUUAA